AUGACACUGAGUUCAAUCAAGGCCCAAACAACACAAGAUGACAUGAUAAAUAUCUUAGCUGAAUACGAUAAAAAUACUUCGGCGCUUUGUAAUCAAAAUACGAAAGCGAAUUGGGAUGUUCAAACUGAUGUUUUAAACGAGGCACUUGUCGAAAAGCAGAAUGCUAUCAUUCUCGAGUACUCAAAUGUACGUAAAGAAUGGUUCGAUCGAUACUUCAAAGAUGCAAAUAUCGAUUCCUAUACUGAUCCCGAUGUCAAACGAAAACUUAAAAUUCUAAAAGAUAUUGGAACAGCAGCUCUCAGUGAUGCAGAUUUAACGAAUUUAAAUUCAGCUCGUAAUCGAAUGUCAACAGCCUACAACAGUGCAAGAAUUUGUCCGUUUGGAAAACCAAAUUGCGAUACAUCAUCUGAAGGAUUGACUUUAGAUCCCGAUAUCGAACUUCUUCUUUCAUCGUCUGAAAAUUUUGAUGAAAUGAAAUGGACUUGGGAGCAGUGGCAUGAAAAAUCAGGAAAGCUCAUGAGAGACGAUUACAAAAUUUACAUUGAGAUGAUGAACAAAGCAGCUAUCGCAAAUGGUCAUGAUAAUGCUGGUGAAAUGUGGCGUGAACGCUAUGAAGACGAUCAACUUAUUGAAAAAGUCGAUAAAUUAUGGGACGAAGUCAAACCAUUGUACAAUGAACUUCAUACUUAUGUUCGUAAUCAAUUGCGUCAUCUUUACGGCGAUAAGAUUGACAAGAAAAAUGAAUUAAUCCCAGCACAUUUACUCGGUAAUAUGUGGGCACAAAAUUGGGUUCAUCUUUAUGAUCGCAUCAAACCAUUCAAGAAUGCAUCACUUGUUGACGUGACACGCACGAUGGAAGAGAAAAACUUCAACGUAAGGAAAAUGUUCGAAAUGUCAGACGAUUUCUACAUGUCCAUGGGAUUGCCAAGUAGUGCUAUGAGUUACUCUGACAAGGCAGUGAUUGAAAAACCUGAACAAACUAUCGCAUGUCAUGCAUCAGCUUGGGAUUUCUGUGAUGGUGAAGAUUUUCGUAUUAAAAUGUGUACAAAAAUUAACAUGGAAGACUUUGUUGUUGUACAUCACGAGAUGGGUCACAUCAUGUACUUCUUGCUGUAUAAAGAUCAACCAUUAAUUUACAAAACAGGGGCAAAUCCGGGUUUCCAUGAAGCUGUUGGAGACACGAUUGCACUCUCUGUGUCAACACCGCAGCACUUAGAGACAGUUGGGUUGCUAGAGAACUACGCAGAUAGUGAAGGUGAUAACAUAAACGCUCUCUUUCACAUGGCACUUCAACGAGUUGCUUUCUUGCCAUUUGGUUUAUUGAUUGAUAAAUGGCGUUGGGAUGUGUUCAGUGGUGAUGUACCAGAAAGUCAAUGGAAUAAACAUUGGUGGGAUUUAAGAGAAAGAUAUCAAAUGGUUCAAGCUCCAUCGACACGUGGCGAAGAAUUCUUCGAUCCUGGUGCAAAAUAUCACAUCCCAGCUGACAGUCAAUACAUUGCUUAUUUCGUCGCGCACAUCCUUGAGUUCAGUUUCUAUCGAAGUUUAUGUAUCGAGGCUAAGCAAUAUGAUCCAUUAAAUCCAAGUGUUAAACCAUUACAUAAAUGUGAUUUCUAUCAAAAUAAAGAAGCUGGAAAGAAGCUUCAAGAUGGUCUCAGUCUAGGAUUCAGCAAACAUUGGUCUGAAGCUUUACAAGAGUUGACAGGAGAAAGUGACAUGAGUGCAAGUGCUUUAAUGGAAUAUUUUGCACCACUUCAAGAUUUCUUAAAGAAACAGAAUGACAUGAGUCAAAUCCUUGAAGAUUAUGAUGAAAAAAUUCAAGUUCAAUGCAAUGAGCUUGUGAAAGCGCACUGGGAAGUUGCCACAGACAGUGAAAAUACAACAAAACAAGAAGCAGUAUCAGAAGCUGUCGUUGCAUAUGCCAACUUUACACUUGAUUUCUUUGAAAGUUCUUUCAAAGGUGUUAAUCCCGAUGAUUACACUGAUGAAGUCGUUAAACGUCAAUUGAAAUACGCAACGCAAGUUGGCCGAAGUAUUCUUCCAACUGAUGAUUUGGAAAAUCUUACGAGAAUAUCUAACGGCAUGAUGACCACCUACAAUACCGCAAAAAUCUGCCCUCAUAACCAAGCAGAUUGCGAUCUGGCUACAGAGGGAUUGACAUUGGAUCCUGAAAUCACCUUUGUCAUGUCAAAUUCCACCGACUACGAUGAGUUGUUGUGGGUGUGGACGGAAUGGCGUAAUGCGAGUGGAAAGAAAAUGCGAAGCGAGUACAAGAAAUAUGUUGAACUCGUUAAUAAAGCUGCGGUAUUAAAUGGAAAGAAUGAUAAUGGAGAAAUGUGGCGAGAAUCAUACGAGGACGAGAAUUUCACUGAUAAUGUCGAUAAAAUGUGGUCAGAGGUGGAGCCUCUUUACAACGAGCUCCACACCUAUGUAAAACGCAAGUUAGAGAAGAUUUACGAUAAGGAAAUGGAUAAAGACAGUGAUUUAAUACCAGCACAUUUGCUGGGUAAUAUGUGGGCGCAGAGUUGGGUUAAUAUCUACGAACGUGUUAAGCCUUUUGCGAGUGGAAGUUUAAUUGAUGUCACUGAAAAUCUCCAAACGAAAUUCAACGUGUUGCAGAUGUUUGAGGAAUCAAAUCGAUUUUACAUGGAUCUUGGAUUGGAAAAUAAUGACAUGAGUUACAAUGAAACACUUGGUGCUGUCAUAGAGAAGCCAACAGAUCGUGUUAUUACGUGUCAUGCUUCGGCUUGGGAUUUCUGCGAUGGAAAUGAUUUUCGUAUCAAGAUGUGUACCAGCAUCAAUCAAGAAGAUUUUGUAACUGUUCACCAUGAGAUGGGACACAUUCAGUAUUAUAUUCUGUACAAAGAUCAACCAUCAAUACUUCGAACAGGAGCUAAUCCAGGUUUUCAUGAAGCUGUUGGUGAUUUAAUUGCACUUUCAGUUUCAACACCGGGACAUUUAAAGAAGAUUGGAUUACUUGAUGAUUACAAGGACAGCGAAGAAGACAACAUCAAUGCAUUGUUCAAGAUGGCACUUGAGCGUGUCGCUUUCUUGCCAUUUGGAUUAUUGAUUGAUAAAUGGCGUUGGGAUGUGUUUAAAGGUGAUGUAGCAGAGAGCGAUUGGAAUAAACAUUGGUGGGAUUUGAGAGAAAAAUACCAAAAAGUCAAAGCACCAAACGAAAGAUCUGAAGAUGAUUUCGAUCCUGGUGCAAAGUUCCACAUUCCAGACGACACUCAAUACAUCGCUUAUUUCAUCGCUCAUAUUUUGCAGUUCCAAAUGCACCGUGCUUUGUGCAUCACUGCUGGUCAGUAUGAUCCCAAUGAUCCUGCAAAACCACUUCAUAAAUGCGACAUUGAUGGAUCGAAAGAAGCUGGCGAAAAAAUUCGCGAAGGUUUGAAACUUGGAUUGAGUAAGCACUGGUCAGUAGCAUUAGAAGCAAUGACAGGUGAAAAGGAAAUUUCUGGUGAAGCUGUCAUGGAAUAUUUCAAGCCGUUGUACGAUUUUCUUAAAAGCGAAAAUGAAAUUACAGAAGACAAACCAAGUCAGUUGAUCCCAAUUGUCGUUGGAUCUGUUAUCGGUGCUGUUGUGAUCAUCGGUGCCCUCGUCUACGGUAUUGUGAGGUAUCAACGAAAUAAACAAAGCAAAGUUUUAUAAAUAAUUGAUGUUGCCAUUUAUUUCUUAAUUGUUGCUUUAAAUGUUAAAACAAAUUCUAUUUCGAGAGAUUUUUUCACACAUUAAAAACUUCGCUUAAAUGUUAAAAAA